AUGCUUACCACCUUUGUUCUCGUCGCCCUCGCGGGUCUCACGGGUGCCAACCCGCUCGAUUUGCAAGCCCCGGAAGGCGUCAAGGGAGACCGGUUUGACCUUUGUAGUUUUCUGGGAUGCAAUAUACCGCCCAUCGUCACCAGAACAUUGGUUUGGACCGUUACCAUUACUUCCACAACCGUGUCUUCAGCCGCAGCCACGUCUACGGCAACCGUGACCACCACUGUAGACUGCUCAUCAUCUGCCACCACUCUGGAGACUUUGACAUCUGACUCUACUUCUACCGGGACCACGGCUGCUACCACGAGUUCAACUGAAGCCACGGCCUCGACUGGUGCUACUUCUACCGCCUCUGCAGCGUUGCCCGACACCACGACUCCUACCACGACGGUGGCUUCAACUGAUGUCUCUACGUCGGCGGACAUCACCACGUCGACUGCCAUCGCCACGUCCACCGAUACCACCGCGUCGACUGAAACAACUUCGGCCGACACCACAUCCCCUCUCUCGACUCCCAGUGACGCUACCUCAACUGACAUGGUCACUCCCACCGAGACAACCACCUCAACUAGUCCCGUCAUUCCAACUGACACUUCCUCAAGCCAUGUCACGACAUCAAGUGACAUGUCCACCUCAACUGGCAUGACCGUCAUCAUUCCAACCGACACCACUUCGACCGAGACCUCUCCCCCAGCAGACACAACCACUUCCACCACAGCCGCGGCUCCAGACACCACGACAGCAGAAGCCACAGCUCCCACCACGACCUCAGCCGAAGCCUCUUCUCCCGCCAACGCCACGACUACAACCGCUCCCACGGCCCGUGCCUCCUCCUCCUCCUCCUCCUCCUUUCCCUCCCCUUCAAACGACACCACCACGCCCGCCGUCCCAGCCUCAACAACAGACACCACCACUCCCGCCAGCGACACCGCCACCCACCCAGCAGGAAGCACCGCGUCCCCAACAACCCUCCGCACAUCGUCAUCGGCCACGGGAGGCCCAUCGCCCCUAUCCACACUGACACCCCUCGACUGCUCCGCAAACGCCUACUUCAUCCAAGACCGCACCCUCCUCAGCGUCAACCUCCAGACGGGUGCCAACGAGACGCUCUCCACCAGCCUCGGCAGCCGCAACUCCAAAAUCAACGCCAUAGGCUUCAACGUCCUCGACAACUUCAUCUACGGGCUCCACGGCGAGGAGGUAGUCCGGGUCGGACGCGACGGGGCCUUCCAGUCGCUCCUUCGAGGCGACACGGCCGCCAACGCAGGCGACAUCGACGACGACGGGCAGUUCUACUACACCGCCGGCGGCAGGGCCUGGGGCCAGGUGGACCUGAAGCCCGGGUCCGCGCGGUACGGCCGCCUCGUGGCCCGGGGGACCUCCGACUCGGCCGGGCUGCCGGGCCACCUGGCGCCCGCGGACUGGGCCUUCACGCCCGCCGCGCCGGGGUUCCUGCACAGCGUUGUCAUCGACGCCACCGGCGUCGUGUACCUGGUCAGGUGGGGCGUGCGCUCGCACAGGUGGGAGGUGAGCUACAAGGGCGUGCCGAGCUUCGACAUGCGCGGCGGCGCGUUCGGCGCCGUCGUCGCCACGAGCGACGGCGUCCUGUACGCCUCGCACAGCGGCACCGGCGCCAUCUUGCGCAUCCCGCUCGACUAUCCUGAGGGCACGACGCGGAUGAAGGCCCGGGGGCCGAGGGCCGGCAACACCGACGGCUGUAGGUGUGCCGCGAGGCCGGACGUAGCUCUCUAG